GACAUGACAUCGAUGUUACCCCACCUCUACCGAGGACAACGUAGCGUAGCUGGAGAAGAUCGCCGUCAAUUGCAGCAGGAGCUGGAGAGGAGUGGCCGUUGGUGACGCACAGAUCGAUCUCAUCCAAUUCUGAGCAGGAGCGGCCGGAACCAUGUCGAUGGACGCCACCGCCCUGCCGUCGGAGCUCCUCGUGACCCCGCAGCCGCUGAUUGGCUUCUGUGGACUGGACACCGCUCGGGUGGCGGUUCACAAGGCUGUUUGGGAGGCGUUCAGCGGCAGUUUGCAGCGCAAGGCCGCUGACAGGGCGGCCGUGCAGUACAAGCUGCUGCCCCCCAACUACGAGUUUCCCGUGGCCAAGCCCAAACGGGCCUCCUACGAGUGGUACCACCCGAAGGGCAUACUCAAGCGCAACUGGAUGCUCAAGCACCUGCACGUCCUGCCCUCGGUGGUGGUGCUGUUUCAGGACAUGGAGUGGAACGACCUCCAGUGGACGGAGAAACAGGUGCAGUGUGCGGCUAUUGUGCAGGCACUGAAGAACGCCUUGCAGGAGCGGAAUACUCGGCUGUGUCUGGUGCUGCUGCAGAGGGCAGCGCCACUUCCACCUGGCGAAGAUCUCCUGGCAGCAGAACGAGCCGCUAGUCUCACCAACGCUUGUGGAAUAACCAGUAAGAUGCUCUUCAUACUCCCGCACACGGAGCACCUCACGGGCUACGCCCUGCGGCUGGAGUCCGCCUUCCUGGACAUGGCCCAGUCCUACUACGCUCUCAUGUCCAAGCGGAUUCGUAACCAUAGGGAUCAGCUGACAGCGGCGCACGCCACGCUUAAGAUUCGCCACCAGUUCAAGCUGGGAUUCGUGGCGGAAAUGCGGCAGGACUUUAGCACUGGUCAAAAGCACUAUUUCCAGGCCUAUGCCAAUCUGGACGAGAUACGUAUGAAUGACGGCAACUGCUUGGAGAUUAAAACUAUGUCCGGGUUUUUGAACUACAAGAUCUGCCGGCUUAUGUUUAAGCUAAAGACUCCGAGGGAUGCCAUUAACCAGUUCAUCAUCCAUGUGGAGAAGUACAAGUCUCGAGUGGGUUUCAAGGAUCUAGCCUUUGAGCACCAUGCCUGGCUAAGCACGCAACAUUCUGUUUUCGCUGAACUGUUUUGCGAGGCCAUCAAGAACGGCCUGCCCGCCCUGCAGACGCAGCACCCCGGAAUCUAUUACCACAAGGCAGCUGAAUAUGUGAUGAAGCGGCGUGAUGCAGCCCAGGAGGCGUACGCAGCAAUGCAAUCAUCCGCAGAGGCCACGCCCGUGCCGAAUCAGAGCCCUUUGUCCCUGUACACAGAGUUCUUUGGCAUCCGGGCAGUUAAGACGGGCGAUCUAGUGGCCGAGCAACAGGCCAAUACGCAGCUUUGUGAUCAGGAGCGCGGCUAUAACCACUCGUCGGGUAUCAUAGCCCUGCUCAGCCAGGCCAUGGCCCAGUUCAAAAUCUACAAGUGCCUCAGGUUUCGCAAGAAAUUAGCAAUUGACAUGGCCGAGGAGUACCUGAAGAGCGGGGAUCAUGCCAAGGCCUUGACUUUGUAUUCCCUUAUGCUGCCUGAUUAUCGCCAGGAGAAGUGGUCCACGAUAUUCACCGAUGUUCUGCUGAAGACACUUCGAUGUGCGCUGCUCUCGGCAUCCGUAGCCGACUAUAUCGCGUGCAGUGUUGAGGCGUUGUCCUUGCGACAUCAUGGCGAGCAGGCGGAGCGGAUCCUGCUGAUGGAGAACCUGUGGCAGGUGUUCCAAGGUGUGCCACCCAUGCCAAAAACGCAACUGGCGCCCGAGGCGCAGGCGUUGUGGACCAGUGCGCUGGCAAGCAUGAAAUCGCCCAUUCAAAUUGAUUUAGAUAAGGUCAGCGAUGUGGUGGAAAUGUGUGCCACAUUCGAGCGAGUUCAGCUAAACAACGACGACUUGCUGCAGCUGCAACUGAUAGUGCGGGUGCUCACGGAUGUGCCGUUGAGGGUGCGCAACUUCCAUGUCAUUCUAGCCGAUGCGGCUAAUCCGCAGAACAGCUACAAACUGGAGGCACUCAAGUAUUUCUGCUUUCCCAGCCUCACGCAACUGCGUGGCCAAAAGCAGCCUCAGGAACAGCCACGCCAGGAGCCCAAGAAUUUUGAAAAGAACAUGAGAUUGGAGCCCGGCUCCUACUACCAGCUGUUCUGCAGCACCGAAGCGCAGCAGUUCCAUGAGAACACCCAGCUGCGCAUCGUUCGCCUAGAGGCCCACAUGGGCACUGACCAGGUGGCCGCUCUACUCACGUGCAGCUCCAACUACUCACGCCAGCUGUUUCGCCAUCACACGCGCAGCCGCGAUCUGGAUGACAACGUGACGAUCAAUCCCAUUUGCUACAUUGCGCCCACCUUUCAUCUUGACACGCAAACGAACCUUGGCCAUGGACAUGACAACGGCUCGGAUGAGGAAACGACGGCGGUGGCUACGAGAAUGCUGGUCAACGAGUACUAUCCCGUUGUGACCACCGUCAGCAAUCCGUACAAUGUGUAUCUUCAGAAUGUGGGCGUACACAUCUGUGUUCCCGUCGGUCUGAGAAAUAGUGUUUUUCUCACCACGGACAUCUCAUCGGGACGCCAGAAGCUGCACGCCCAGAUCCAAAUAGAUGUGGGCGAGCUGUCCGCUCACGGGAGCACCGCUGCCACCUUCUACAUCUUCAGCCUGGCUGAGGCAGAGAUCAAAUUGCAACAGAGGUUAAGCUACACCUUGGAUGUGGAUCGCGGCCCAGGAGGAGGUGGCACCAAUGCCCGCGUGAGCACUGCUCCGAACAGCUCGGAGUCCACACCAGAUCACGAGGUGAAGGGUUUGGUUCAGAGCCUGGCGGCCAUUUCUCCGGUGCAAAUCGAGUACCUGGAUGAGACGCGGUUACGAAAGUCUCGGGAGGAUACACUUACAGUCCGAUGUUACGGGGACUUCAAGUUCACCGCCCGUUUCUACACGCUGGACAGGAAGCCUUUGAACCAGGUGUAUCGGGGCGAGAACUUCCUGCUGAGGGCCAACACGGAAGUGGUGGCCGUGGACGAUGUGGAGAUACUGGACAGCUUCUUUAUAUGUGAUCACAACCUAGUGCAAUCAAACUACAGCUUUAAGCAGAAGAAAUACACCAACAAGUACAGCGCCGGCGAGCAACUGGAAAGCGUGAUAGUCCUCCGGACGAAUGCCACUCUGCGGGACUGGACGACUGCCCGUGAUCUGGAUCAUCGCGGCAAGCUGGAGGGCAAGGCGGUGGCUAGUAAGUUCAUCAGGCCGGCAGUGAAACCCCCUUCAGAGGAACCCCUGGCUCCCACACCGCCCGCUGGUAUUAGUGCUUAUAUGAGCAAGAGUCUGGUGACCAAGAUACCCACCACCAUGACCAUCAUAAACAGCAAUUCGGCGGUGUCUAAUGCCCUGCAGGUGGCCAACGCGGGUGUGAUGAGCAGCUCGUUGCAGUCGGAUGAUGUCAACGUGGCUGAGGAAGCCAUAAAUACCCAAGAGGGGAUGAAAACCACUCGGCUCAUUUACAACAAGGCUCUGGAAGCUGUGCAGGGAACGGGUCAUUGUCGUGGCUUCAUCAAGGGUGUUUACACGCUUGAGGGAAACCCAUCUCUCGUGCCUAUUUUCGGAGUAUUCUGCAUUCGCUGGCGAAGGGCUAAUGGCAAGGAGGAGAACGAAUCCAAGUUUGUGAUCAGUGGUCUGGACAUUGCGGAGCCGCCGCUGAAUAUCUACUGCACCAUCGAGGAGAAGAUGUUUGUGAAGAUGCCCAUGGCCUUUAAGGUGGUGCUGAAGAAUCCCACCACGCAUGUCCUCCACCUGAUAGCCAACCUGAGUAUCAGCAAAACGGAUAACUUUAUAUGUUCGGGUCACAAGCAGCUGGACAUCUCCAUAAUGGCCUACGAGGAAAAGGAGCUGGUCUACAACCUGUAUCCCUUGCAAGUGGGCUGGCAGGAGUUGCCGGUGCUGAGCCUAGAGUACAAUACCAAGGCGGAUCCUCAGAAGAACGACAGCCAGAAUGCCUUGCUCGAUGAACUGGUGCAGCGAGCACUGCCCAAACGAGUCUUUGUGCUGCCACCUCUGAAGCAACAGAACAAGUAGGAAUGAGACAGCGAUGAUGCCGCCGCUUUAGUUUAAGUGUUUUAAAGUUUACAAUUAUCACUGGUGUGUAAAAAUUAACUACGCCUACUCCCUCUUUAUUGCUAACAACAAACAUACAUACAUAAAUAGCUAUAUUUAGAGAGUUACAUAGCAUAAUACUUGAGAGUGUGUGUGAUUGUAUUGUAUAAUGUAUUGUUAAACGGGCCAAGACGCACUCGACAUUCUUGUUAGUUGAUUACGGCGUUUUAGAUAAGCUGUGCUAAGUCCUGGUCAGUACCGCAAGUUGCACAUAUUUUCGUACAUCCUUUGAACGUACAGUAAUAAAUAUAAAGCAUAAAAAUAUCGUUGAAA